UGGUGUCUCCAAGGGCCCAAUGGAUCCUCAGCACCCUGCGGUGCAUGGCGCUGUUGAGGGGUGCCUGGAGCCCACCACCACCACCUCUGGGUGUGCUGGGCACCUGCGUGGGUCCCCCCGGGUGCCCUUCCGUGCUGGCACUGCCGGCUGGGCCCCCGCCUGCGCACUUGCCUCUCCCGGCAGGACUGGGCCAAGGUCACAGCCAACGUUCCCAGCUGGCACCCAGAGCAGUCAGUGCAGCUGGAGCCAUGUCACCCUGCACCUUCUCCCUCCUCCUUCUCCUGCUGGACGUGCUGGUCUUCCCUGAGCAUGGCCAUGGCCUCCAGCGGCAGAAGAGGGACUGGGUCAUCCCCCCCAUCAACUGCCCCGAGAACGAGCGGGGACCCUUCCCCAAGAAGCUGGUGCAGAUCAAAUCCAACAAGGACAAGGAGACCACAGUUUUCUACAGCAUCACGGGGCAGGGGGCGGACACCCCCCCCGUGGGCGUCUUCACCAUUGAGCGGGAGACGGGGUGGCUGGAGGUGACGAAGCCACUGGACCGGGAGGAGAUCGAUAAAUACGUCCUCUUCUCCCACGCCGUGUCAGCCAACGGGCAGCCUGUGGAGGACCCCAUGGAGAUCAUCAUCACCGUCACAGACCAGAAUGACAACCGGCCCAUCUUCACCCAGGCAGUUUUCAAUGGCACCGUGCUGGAGGGGGCUGAGCCAGGCACCCAUGUGCUGCAGGUGCUGGCCACGGACCAGGACGACAUGGUGAACUCCAACAAUGGUAUUGUGCUCUACUCCAUCCUGCGCCAGACGCCGGGCUGGCCCCAGCCCCACAUGUUUGCCAUCAACCCGAGCACUGGGGCAAUCUUCGUGACUGCUGCAGGGCUAGUAGCACAGAUGGUCCCUGAAUACACCCUGGAGGUCCAGGCGGCUGACAUGGACGGGUACGGGCUGCAGGCCACUGCCACCGUCCUCAUUAAAGUGCAGGCUAAAGACCCCCCCGAGAUGGCGAAUGGCCCCCUGACCACCCACGUGCUGAACACGGCGACGGGGCUGCCGGCCGCUGGCCUGGCUAUCCGGCUGUCCCAGCUGCAGGAGCCGGGGCAGCAGUGGACGGAGCUGGUGCAGAGGUGGACAGAUGCGGACGGGCGCUGCCUGCCCCUCCUGGCUGUGGGACAGGCCGAGGCCGGCACCUACAAGCUGCGCUUUGAGACGGCAGCGUACUGGCAGGGCCUGGGGCAUGCCAGCUUCUACCCCUUUGUGGAGGUUGUGUUCACCAUCACCGACGCCUCCCAGAAGCUGCACAUCCCACUGCUGAUCAGCCCCUACUCCUACACAACGUACCGGGGCAGUUAGGGGAAAGGCACAUCCUCCCCCCAGGGACGCAGGUCACCGGAGGCAGGAAACUAUGCUACUGACACCAUUAAAGGCUUCAAACAGCA